AUGUCUCUGUCCUUUUUCGGUGCCAGUUGCGCCAGAGCGACGGUCGAGCCCGGUCUCGCUGAGCAGCAGUCUCCCGAAGUGGUCCGUGAACAUUUUCCUGAGCGACGACCUGGCCUCCCUGGUCACCUUGGGCAUGCUGUCGGUGAGGUACUUGAGUUGCUUGGCGAAUUCGGGCAUUUCAUCGACCCGCGGCGCGCCCACGGUGCAAAUGAUGCGCAUGAGGACGCUGAAUUCCGUCCUUGCCCUGAACAUCGGCUUGCCCAGCAGGCACUCGCCUACGCUCGUAGCCGUUGA